UGCCGGCUAUGAGCAAGCAAACGAAGAUGACUCUAAACUUCUACAUGAGGAUUUACUGGGUUCUUUUCAGUGUCUGCUGCCUUUGCUCUGCCGUCACAGAAGCCUCAGAAACUGAACGUAGGCUUCACAACAAGAUCUUUCAGGGCUACAACCUGAAAGUUCGGCCGGCCCGCUCCUGGGAGGAGAAGGUGAUGGUGCGGGUGGGAAUGACUCUCUCUCAGCUUGUCAGCCUGAACGAGAAGAACGGCGAGAUGACGACCAACGUGUUCAUGAAUCUGGCCUGGACGGACUACCGGCUGACGUGGAACCCCGCCGAGUACGACAACAUCGACGUUUUGAGGAUCCCCUCCAGCAAGGUGUGGCGUCCCGACAUCUACCUCAUAAACAAUAACGACGGCCAGUUCGACGUGGCUCUCUACGUCAACGUCUUGGUCUUCAGCGAUGGGACGGUCAACUGGCUCCCUCCAGCCAUCUACCGCAGCAGCUGCUCUAUUGAGGUGGCCUAUUUCCCGUUUGACUGGCAAAACUGCAGCAUGGUUUUCCGUUCGUACACCUACGAUGCCUCCGAAGUCGACCUGCAGUACUAUCUGGACGACAACGGCCAAGAGAUCCGUGAGAUUGUGAUAGAUGAGAAUGCCUUCACUGAGAACGGCGAAUGGGCCAUCUGCCACAAACCCACCAGGAAGAACGUGAAGGAGGACCUGUACGAGGACAUCACUUUCUACCUCAUCAUCGAGAGGAAGCCCCUCUUCUACGUGAUCAACAUCAUCGUGCCCUGCGUCCUCACCAGCGUCCUGGCCAUAUUCGUCUUCUACCUGCCUCCCGGAGCAGGGGAGAAGAUGACGCUCUCCAUCUCCGUCCUCAUCGCUCUGACCGUCUUCAUGCUGCUGCUGGCCGACAAGGUCCCCGAGACGUCGCUCGGCAUCCCCAUGAUCGUCAACUACGUCAUGUUCACCAUGAUCCUGGUCACCUUCUCCGUCAUCCUGAGCGUCGUCGUCCUCAACCUGCACCACCGAACGCCCAGCACGCACAUCAUGCCCACCUGGGUCCGAAAGGUCUUCAUUCACAUUCUGCCCAGAUACAUCGGCAUGAUGAGGCCGAACCCAGAGGAGCCCAUGCUGGAGGACGAGUCGUCUGACGACGCCCCGACUCGAGGCUUCAAUGGGCGACAGCCUGGAGGGGAGUACUUCUUUCGCAAGAUCAACCCUGAUCUGGUCAUACCCUGGAGAGGCAGGUGUGAGAGCCCAGUGCAGAUCCAGCAGCUCCCCGACUCCGACCGCUUCUGCCUGAUCCUCCCUCCCAACCUGAAGUCCGCCAUCGCCGCGGUGACAUACAUGGCCGAGCAGCUGAAGAAGCAGGACACGGACGACGCGAUGACGGGAGACUGGCAGUUCAUCGCCCUGGUGGUGGACCGCCUCUUCCUCUGGCUGUUUGUCAUCAUCACCACCCUGGGAACCCUCGCCAUGUUCCUGGACGCCACUUUUAAUUACACACCCGACAACCCCUUCCCGUAG